AAAAUUUGGAUUCCCGGGAAUUUCCUCUCUAUUUUCUGUAAAAAAAAAAUAUUCCUACUCAAAUCUGUUUCCCGCUACUACAAGGGAGGCGGGAAACUGAAACCCAAAUCCAAUUCCAAAAUCGAAAAUCUUCCAAUAAAAAUCCCAAAAAUAUUUCGAUUGGUUGAGACCUAGGAGUUCGAGGGGGACAGAAAAGAAGAAGAAGAAAUGGAUGUUGUUUCAACUCCUUCUUCCAAAAUCGAAGAAGUACAUCAAACUAUGGGAAGUGGAAUUCGAACCUUUGAAUCUGAAAAUGGGAAAACUUGUCACCAGUGCCGGCAAAAAAGAAUUAAUCUCUUGGCUCCAUGCAAGAACGUGAAAAAGGACAAGCAAUGUACCAUCAAGUAUUGUAAAAAAUGUCUAUUGAACAGAUAUGGAGAAAAGGAAGAGGAUGUUGCAUUGUUGGCUGAUUGGAAAUGUCCUAAGUGCAGAGGCAUUUGCAAUUGUAGCAUGUGCAUGAAGAAAAAGGGUCACAAUCCUACUGGUAUACUAGUGUUCACUGCAAAGAAUUCUGGGUUUUCUUCUGUUUCAGAAUUGCUUCAAGCUAAAGGACCUGAAAAUUUUAAAUAUGAAAGGAAUGCAAAAGAUACGGGCGUUUCAGCAAAGAAGCAAACAAAGGAGUCUGUGGCCACUUCACCGAGGAAGCUUGGGAAGGAAAAUUCUUUUGAUGGUGACUGUGAUUCCAAGGUUAGUUCUCAGAAUUUGAUAUCAUCAAUGUCUGAAGAAAAUAAGUCUAAGAAAAUGAAACGUGAGGGAUUGAAGGAAUUGUACAACGACAAUGGAGAUCAUGAAAGGCCUAAAACCUUGAAGGAAGCUUCAAAUGAAACAAUGAAGGCAAGUAGUUGUCUUUCAGAUGAAAAGAGGUUGAAGACAGAAAAGCAAAUUGAUGAUGCAUCCAGUCCCACCAACGAACAUGAAACUAAAUGUGCUAAAAGCAAGAAAUCAGGAGUUUUAAACGGAGUUGAAGUUUUGGAGAUCGGUAAGAAAAGGAAGUCCACAACUUCUGAUGAAAAGUCCGGGAAAAAACUGAAGUCAAAAGAAAAUUCUGUGGGCGAGGAAAAGAAUCUUAAGAGGCAGGUUCUAGAAAGCAACACAAUAGCUCCCAUUAAAGAGAAAAAGUGUGGUGUCAAAACUGGGGAUUCUCAAGGUUCAGGUGGUUUUGAAAAUGACAACACAGUCUGCAAAGUCCGGUCAGUUUUAAAGCCUUGCAAAGAUAGAAAGCUUGACUUAGACAUUCAAUUGCCUCUUGGCACCAGCUUAAUAACUGUUGCUGGUGUUGAUUUACCUCCCAAUGAUGUCGGUCGUGCAUUACAGUUCUUAGAGUUUUCUGCAGCUUUUGGAGAGGUUCUUGAUAUGAAGAAAGGACAAGCAGAAUCUGUAAUCAGAGAAAUAAUACGUGGGCGUCGCAGAUGCCUAUUACAGUACUCCCCAGUAGUCCAAAUCCAUAUACAAUUGUUGUCUCUAAUACAGAAAGAUAUGGGGAAGAAAUUUACAGCCUUCAGUGGAAGGGACAACAACAACGCUUCAUGGUUCUGUGCCCUUGGUCAAUGUGUGUCUGAAUCCCAAUGUGCACUCAAAGAAGUUCCUUCUGACAUUUAUGACAGUGGUGUGGAUGCGUAUAAUACGCUAGACAGUUCUAUGAAGCUUAAACUUUUAAACAUUUUAUGUGAUGAAGCCCUUUGCACUAUAACAUUGAGGAAUUGGAUUGACAAGCAAAAUUCCAAGUUUAUUGAUGAUGAGAAGGAAGUAAAAGAAAAGAUUCUUGCUUUAAGGGAUAAGGAAAAACAAUCAAGGCAGAAAAUGCAAGAUGAGGGUGCCAAAGCUAUUACUGAAAAAGGUGGUGCUCUGUCAAUUUCUGAGCAAAAGACUCUUACUACAGAAAUAAAAAAAGAAGCAGCUCAAGUUCAUGAAGAUUUGCUUCAGGCAGUGGCCAAGUUACCAAGGAAGAGACAAAGGUCUGAUGCUGUUAGAACAUCACCUAUUAUAUUGGAUGUAAGUGGUCAUGUUUUCUGGAAGCUGAGAGGGUAUACCAGUGAAAACCAUGUAUUGCUUCAAGAUAUUGGGACCUCAGAUCCAGUUGCACCUGAUGAAAAUGGUCGUCUAUGAUGUUGAACAGAAACCAGAUUUAGAGAAAUACAUUUCUUCUAUAAGG